AGCUUUUACAGUCGUACGCAAAGCACAAAGGCGAGCUUGACAUGAAAGAAACAAUUCUACUCGCAAACACUCGCUUUUUAUCUUUCUUCAUAUCUUUGUUUGACAAAUUAAAUGAAAUGUUCCUUACUGGAAAAUCAAUGACAGCAUUUAUCGAGUUCUUUGAGAAUGAAAAGAGCAUUUUUCAAAGUCUAAUUAAUGGAUGUUCAGACUGCAAGACAGCGGAAAAAGUCUUUAACAUUUUGGUAAAAUCAGAGAUGUUUCUUGACACCGUCUACUGGGACGAGGAAGCUAAAUUUGAAGAGAUUUACCUUUCAGCAAUAACUGCAGCCAAUAAGGUUGAAAGAAGAGAUCUCCAUGGGAAACUACUUCAGUCCAAAGCCUUUGGAAAAAUUAUGUGGGGAGAUGAAAGAAGGGCGAUACAGCUGCUUGCGGAGGCCAAACGAAUCCAAUGUUCUACCUCUACCGGGUUUGACGGUAAUAAGGGAAAAUACUUAUGUUACUUCGGUAUCCAUAAACUUGUCACGGGAAAGACCCAGGAUGGAGUACAAAGUUUACAAGAAGCUAUUGAGUUUAUGAAUAACACUCCUGAGCACAAAGUUCUAAGGCUCAUUUCUUUUCAGAUUCUUGCUGUUUUUUAUCAAAGCCAAAGUGAUCACCAAACGUCCUCCAUGUUCUAUGGCAGAGCGCUGCAAGAAGUUAAGGAGGUGGGAGACACUGAUUUAUUAAUGAUUCCUGACGUCAAUGAAAAAAGACUAGAUGCGCACGAGCAAAGGAAAAGUCCACUCAAAGAGAAAGCAAACGACCCAAUUGAAAUGGAAGUCAUGACUCUUGUUAAAUUAGUAACAGGAGAAAUAUCCACCCGCGACAUCAAUGAACUUUUCAGUACUUUGAUGCUUAAAGUUCUCGAAGACACUAAAUCAGCAACUGGAAUGACACAGCUUGGUUGGUUCAAAUUUCAUGAAUACUCCCUCGGUAUGCUGAUGUUACUAAAUAAGAAUGAGGAAGGUGUAUCAGUUGCCAAGGAAAGAAUCACCUAUCUUCAGGAGUCACUACAAAAGAUCAGAGAAAGCAAUAACCCAAUUCUUAAACUACACAAAGAAGCACUGGCGAAAUGUUAUUUACAACUUGCAGACCUUCAGGAGUGUAUAAAUAACUCAGCAGAGGCCGUCAACUCAGCACAACAUGCACUUACAAUCACGUUACAGUUGUUCGGCGAAGGACAUGCAAAAACCGCAGACAGCCACCAUCAGCUGGGAUUUAAACUAUAUAAACUUAGAGAGUACUCCUCAGCUGCUGAGUCACACAAGCGUGCACUUGGCAUCAGAAUAAAGUUACUUGGGGAGGAACAUAAAGACAUCGCCGACAGCUACCGUCAGCUGGGGGUUGCCCAACACCACCUGGGAGAGUACUCCUCAGCUGCUGAGUCACACAAGCGUGCACUUCGCAUCAGAAUAAAGUUACUUGGGGAGGAACAUAAAGACACCGCCGACAGCUUCCGUCAGCUGGGGGUUACCCAACACCAGCUGGCAGAGUACUCCUCAGCUGCUGAGUCAUUCAAGCGUGCACUUGGUAUCAGAAUAAAGUUACUUGGGGAGGAACAUGUAGACACCGCCUACGGCUACUUUCAGCUGGGGGUUACCCAAUACAACCUGGGAGAGUACUCCUCAGCUGCUGAGUCACACAAGCGUGCACUUGGCAUCAGAAUAAAGUUACUUGGGGAGGAACAUGUAGACACCGCCGACAGCUAUCGUGAGCUGGGGUUUGCUCAACACUACCUGGGAGAGUACUCCUCAGCUGCUGAGUCACAAAAGCGUCCACUUGGCAUCAGAAUAAAGUUACUUGGGGAGGAACAUGCAGACACCGCCGACAGCUACCGUGAGUUGGGGUUUACACAAAAUGCAGUAGAAGAUUACUCCUCAGCUGCUGAGUCAUUCAAGCGUGCACUUGGCAUCAGAAUAAAGCUCUUUGGGGAAGAACAUGCAGACACCGCUGACAGCUACCGUGAGUUGGGGAUUGUGCAAGACAACCUGGGAGAGUACUCCUCAGCUGGUGAGUCACACAAGCGUGCACUUGGCAUCAGAAUGAAGCUCUUUGGGGAGGAACAUGCAGAGACCGCCAGUAGCUAUUGUUAGUUGGGGACUACCCAAGAUGCAUUAAGAGAUUACUCCUCCGCUUUUUAAUAAUUCUAACGUGCACUAGGCAUCAGAAUAAAGUUAUUUGGGGAUGUAAAUGCAGAGACAAUGAAUAGCAACCAUUUUCUGGGGUUCAGUAUCGUUUCUAGCGAUAUACAGCCACUUUCAGUUUGUACAGCACUAGUUGUCCUAGUCAAACAGUCUGUACCUAACAAAAGCAGCAUAUGACUGCUAUUAACGAGGUUUAUUUACCAGGUGUAAUGACUGUGGCUAUAUCACGCAUUUCUAUCGUGCUUUGACGGUCGUAUGUACGUUUUUUUGCCUUUUUUUCAAGCCGUAACACUAUUUAUAAGAGGAAAUGUUGGCAAAGAAGUGGUGUAUUUUUUUUUCCUUUUUUUUAAGCAAACACGUCCUUUUUUCGUAAAUCUAGAAUAUCAUAAGGAUCAAAACCUUCUUUAAAUAUUUCAUUAAUUUUACAAAGGACACUUACCUUCUGUAGGUUCCUCUUCGUUGACCUUGUUAACACUCUUCGGCUAAAAAAGUCGCUUAUUGGUCUUUGGGCCAUUUAAUUCAUUCACGAACUCAAGCACCUUGUAAAGCAAUUCAUGAACUCAUAAGCUCAAACAGACCCGAAAUGACUGCGUUUUAAGCUGCCGUCAAAUCAGGUCAAAUGCUUUUGCGGACCGCUCAGAAAAUGGAAGGGGUCAAAUGGGUCAAAAGGUGAAGUUUUUGUUUUGCGAUCGGUGGAUUUCGAUCCAUUUUAUUUUUGCUCUUUUUAUUCUGUUACUGUGGUUGUGAUGACUGGCUUUUGAACUCUCAUACUAAUUAACUAAAAAAUGAACAGUGGAAUGUUUUGCCAAGUUUUCUUUCGUAAAAUAGCAGCAGUAAAAAGGGAAAACUCUUGUAUGUUUAAAAGUCCCCUUUCGCCGAUAGAUCUAUUGAAAAAAAAGUAGAGAUAUUUUAUAGAUACUUUUAGGUAUGCACGUGCGUACGUGCGUAUAUGGUCGAGACACCUCUGAAAACGGUUGGAGUUUCCUUAACAGACAAUUUGCAUAAUUCGGCUGUCGUGCUAGCAAAAUCACCAAAAGUUUGAAGUCGAACAUCUUAUUAGAAGAAAUCAACCGGAGUUUUGAUGGUGUGGUCAGGACUUGCGAAAUAUCAACCAAGAAAGAGUACUUUUGACCAAUUUCAAAAAGCUGUCUAACGGAUGUUUUUUAAUAAAUUAUUGGGAACCUCUGAAUAAACACACAUCGAAAUUAAAAUGCUUUUAUAACCCUUUGAAUAUUCCAAAGUUUAGUUACUCAAACGAUUUUUUGCACUGCACGUGGUGUGUUACGAGGAGCUUGUUAACUUUUGAAACUUCGAUGUCGCAAGAGGCCAAAAGAAGGCCUUUUGCAGCUGUGACUGUUGAAAGCUCAAAAAAUUUUAUUUUAGCAUAUUUCCAAAAAAGAUUGCAGUUUUAUUUGCUUACUACCAAAGAUAGUAAGUAAAUAAGAAGAGAGAGUAGUCAGCGGUCAUGCAGCAUGGCAGACGUGUUCGUUUUCGUCCAG